UGUUUCCGCACGGACACAAAGAUAUGUUGCACAGCCUCGACCAAACGAUUCCCCAACGAUACGAAACAUCAACAUCAGACACACAUGGCAUCGUUGCGGUGAAUGCACCUUAAUACCGUCCGUUUAAAACUGCAUGUAAUUGUAUGCGCUUUUCAUUAAAUAAAAAAAGCAUCAUCAGUCUGUGUUAACUAUCGGACGUAGUUACUCAUUUCGAGGAAAUUCUAAGGACUGUUCUGAGCAUGAACAACUCCCUUAACAACUGAAAGCAACGUUUAGCUCUUUUGUAGCGUGGUUUGUUUUAUUGAUUUUCCAAGAAGUCCCUGACAGAGCAGACAUGGCCAACAGCAACAUUGUAGACAUGGAUCCAGAUGUUGCUCGGAGGCUGUUUGUGGAGGGAGCUACGCUGGUGCUGCUGGAUGUUCCUCAAGGUACGGAGCUGGGGAUUGACUGCAAGAGUUGGCAAGUUGGUCCCCGCUUCAAGGGAGUGAAGAUGAUCCCCCCAGGCCUGCACUUCCUCCACUACUGCUCUGCUAACUCGACAAGCUGUGGAGGAGAAAUUGGUCCGAAGACAGGCCAUUUCCUCACUCUCAAACCCAAAGACAUCCUGUUGGCCAAAUGGGAUCCAAAAGAAGAAGAUCUGGACUUCUCAGUCUCCCAGGAUGAAAAGGAGGUGAGCCGGAUAAGGGCCAACUUGCAAGACCUGGAUCCCCACCUAGGGCCCUAUCCGUAUGAGGUGAUUAGGAAAUGGGUGUCCCUCACUGACCGGCUGAGUGAGGAGGUUGCCAAAAACUUGCAGCCCCUUUCAGGUCAAAUAUGUGCCUUCAGUGAUGUCAUCCCUGAGCUUCAACUCACACACACCAAAGACAGGGCGGAGCAGCCGAGGAAUGACACAGCCUGUCAAAGCAUGAAGGAGGGACUCGACAAGCUCCCCAGGAUGAAGCCGAGGGAGGGCACAGAGUUGCGCUUCUCUGUUAUCCCCGAGAAGAAGUACCCAGCUGGGGCUACACCGGCCCAGAUCACUCAGUGCAGCCUGGACCAGAGCUAUGCCCUGGAGACUGUGCUGGAGAAGAACUAUAAGCUGCAGCCUCUCAACCUGCUAGGUGAGAUGCAGUUUGCCUUUGUGUGUUUCCUGAUUGGAAAUGUAUAUGAGGGCUUUGAGCACUGGAAGAGUCUCCUGUCUCUGCUGUGUCGAUCAGAGGAGGCAAUGCGAAAGCAUAAGGAGCUCUAUCUGGGGCUUAUCGCUGUGCUUUACCACCAGCUCGGAGAAAUCCCACCAGACUUCUUUGUUGACAUCGUUUCUCAGAGCAACUUCCUCACCUCCACACUGCAGGACCUGUUCCAGUUUGCCAGUGGACCUGGUGUAGACGGCACCCUGCGUAAGAGAGCAGAGAAGUUCAAAGCUCACCUGACCAAGAAGUUUCGCUGGGACUUUGAUGCAGAUUUGGACGACUGCGCCCCUGUGGUGGUUGAGCUGCCUGAAGAUGUUACAAUGGAAUGAGAUUGUAUUAUGGAUUCAGUGUACAUGCUGAAACCAUAAGCAGGUAACAGAACUGAAAUACACACUGUCGGCAAGCGCUGAUGCCUGGCAUUGAAACUCCGAUCCAAAGUUUCUCAGAACGCUUCAGAAAACUAAAACAGCCUUAAACAAUGACAACUGUUUUCAGUAACACCAGUAGACAGUAUGUGUUGAAUGUGUAACAUGUGGGCUGUAAAACAGCACCUUAUAUAUCCAUGCAAGUUUACUUCUGUUAUGAAGAAAGCAAACUGUCAUUAACGGGCAGAGCUGAACUAUACUAUGUAUUAUUGGUGAACUCUGGUGGUGGAUUUUUCUCAGCUCGGCAAGUUACAAUGCCAGUCUUAAAACUCUUAAUUGCAAAUUCAACCACCAAUGUUUUUUAUAACUCACUUCAGUUUAAGAGUUCAUUGAAAACAAAAAUGGAAAUGGAAAAACAAUAAGUUAACCAUUUCACAAGAUCAUGUAAGAAUUCUGGAUAAGCCAGAUUUUGUGAGAAGAUAACUAAAGUAUAGUAUUGUGUGACUGUUGUUUAACACCUCUUAUAUUAAAUAAAUAAAUAAUGCUUACUAUAAAUAAUUAUGGUGGCACACUGUUUAGAAAAAGGCAAUUGUGGUUUGUAAUGUUAAACACAUACUGUAGACCCCAACUGAGCAAUUUUUCUUCAGAAAUGUUCUAUGAUUUAUUGGAUCAAGAUUCCCUUGAAUAAAAAUAUGUUUGAUACAAAGAA